UAAUUGGUUAGGUUAUCUUGUAAACAGUAAACACGUUGCGUUGCCCGGCCGCCCGGUUUCAGCUUUCUGCUUUCUCGUCAAUCUUUGCCUCUCUUUUAAUUCUCUAAUUGAAGUGCCAAAGUACUACAUGUUUUCAUCCUUUUCAUAACCGGCCCAAGACCAUCUCUCUGCAUUUACCCAAAGUUGACUUCAAGAUGUCUUUGGAAACAGAAGCACCACCCGUUUCAACAAGUCCUGGCGAAGGUACUCAGCGACCGCCGUUCAAACCUGGGCACAGACAUUAUCUUAAGCCUCAGAAGAAGUUUUAUCGCCAAAGAGCCCAUUCCAAUCCGAUGUCCGACCAUUUAAUUGAUUACCCUCGAACUCCAGCAGUCAUGGACUGGGGAUCUCUUUAUCCUGCAUUUUUCAAUAACCCGAAGGACAAAACAAAGCAAGUAGAGUUUGCUGAUCUUGGCUGCGGUUACGGGGGAUUACUAGUUGCUCUGUCUCCUAUGUUCCCGGAUACCCUAAUCUUAGGCAUGGAACUUCGUGUCAAAGUCUCAGAUUUUGUGAUAGACAAAAUAAAGAAUCUCCGAUCUGAGCAUCCGGAUCAAUACCAGAAUAUAGCCUGCAUUCGAAGCAACGUCAUGAAGUAUUUUCCCUGCUAUUUCAAAAAAGCUCAAUUGUCGAAAAUGUUCUUCCUGUAUCCAGAUCCACACUUCAAGAGGAAUAAGCACAGAUGGCGUGUCAUCAAUCGAGGAACAUUAGCGGAGUACGCAUAUGCUCUGAAAGAAGGGGGAAUUGUGUACACUAUCACGGAUAUUCCAAUGCUCCACUCUUGGAUUGAUUCACAUUUCACAGAACACCCUCUUUUCCAAAAAUUGACAGAAGAAGAAUUAAAAGCCGACCCAGUAGUGGAGAAAAUCUACGCAAGCACCGAAGAAGGACAGAAGGUAUCCAGGACUAAUGGCCUAAAGCUCAUGGCUUGCUACAAAAGGGUUCCUGAUCCCUUUAAGUGAUAGUUUGACUACCAGCUAAUUUCUUUGGUGCAUUUAAACAUUUUCCACUCGAAGCGAGUGAGUUAUUUUGUCACCAAAAAUUAUGAUUUUAUUCUCUCUCAGCGGUAUGGAAUAAAUCAGCAUGCGUUGAACUCAAAGGUGAGGAAAAGUACAGAAUGACAGAGAGAGCAGCGCAACAAGAAGAUAAUAUAAUUAGAUAAGUCUUAGUAGAGAGUUGUGCCACUGCUUCUCUGCAAUGUCAGAUCUGAGUCUAUUAUUAUGUACCUUCUAAUUCUAAGCAUGCUGACUUCAAUUAUAUUGAUGAGAGCUAUUGCACUCGUGCAUAAAAUCUCACUUUAAAGUGUUAAAUAUAUAUUUGUUUCGAAUAUGAAGUAAUAACCAA